GGUGUAGUCCAGGGUAUACGCUGGUAUACGGCGUAUACCUACUUAUUUUUCAGUCAGCAUUGCGUAUACCCACUUCUAAAUCCCCCCUGAUGCGCAUCAUUCAGUAAUAUCUGUGAGUCAGAUUGCCUAUUUUCUUCCUCGGGGAUAGUGAAGCCAUGACCCACCCUCCUCUGCCUCUAAUUGGCUGGUACUCGCUGCUUUCACUGAUUAGAUUGGUUAACUUUAGGCAUGAGGACUGAUGAGCCAAUCAGAGGCAGAGUAGGGCGGGUCAUGCCGAGGAAAAUAUCGCUAAUACCUCAGGUGCCAGUGAAAAAAAAAAAAAAAAACUCAGGUGCCGGUGCCACUUGACUACGAUAACGGCAGCAGACCAAACAACGGAUGAAGAAAGGACACAAGCGGCGGUGUGCCACCCCAGUUGAUGGAAGACAUCAUUCUGAGGUAAGUUUUAAGGUGGUUUCCAAAUGAAUCAUUAUUUUAAACUACUGGCAAAUUGCCAGUGACUGCACAUUUAGAGGAGAAGAGAUGUUGCCGCCAAUAGUUAGUGCGAGUCGGCUAACGUUAUGAAGCUAGCUACGUAGAUUGGGAUAAUGUGGGGAAACCGGGGCAUUGUUGGUUUUCAGUAAGUGUUUAAUCAACCCAGUUCAUAAGAAUUUCAUACCAGACUGAUGAAACUGAUUAUCUCAAUGUUUAUGAAGCUUGUUUAUUAUUGUAAAGGUCUAAAUUAUAACGUUAGCCAAGUUACUAAGCCCUAAAUUAUAACAUUAGCCAAGUUACUUAGCCCUAACUAACCUAUAUGAUCUAGUUUAAUUGCAUAGUAGCUAAGCUGGUAGUUGAUUUUUAAGUAAGUUAAAACACAAGAAUGGGGACAAAUAGUUUAAGAUUCAGCCUAAAACAAUAUUGAGGUCUAAUCAGGCUGUCUUAUUUUGUAUAGGGACAGGUAACCAUGAAAAGGAAGGGAGAUAUUGCAGACUUUUUUUGUAAAGAGGCACAAAUCAGGCCCAGAUCAGGCCCAGGCAGACCCCACCCCUAAAACCAGCAGCCCUGGCAGCUCUCAACCGGGAGCUAGCCAGGCAAGUCAGUGUGAGCAUAGAGAAGGAUCCAGUCUACCACCACCAGGUCAGAACACACAGGCAGUAAAUUGCAUCUCCAGUUUAUUGAAAAGUGAAGCCUCACACUGUAACAAAAGGUGAUUUUGACAGAUUAAGCCUCAUUUUGAAUUUCUGUGUGAUGUUAUUUAUUUUAUUGCCCUUCUAUUUAUUUUGUCUGUAUCCAUGUUUGUUUUUUUACAAUGCUACUGUUAUAUAACAUUUUGUGUUAAAUUUGUUGUUUUUUUGUUAAAUAAACUCUCCCAAGUAUUUCACUCACUAAUCUCCUGUAUGCUUCAGCUUCACUUGCUGAAAAUAUUUCCACUUGGUUAUGCAGAUUGUUAAUGUAAAGAGGGGGACCCAUGUCUUGCUGAUGACUAUUGUGAUCACAGUAGUGUGUGUGUGUGUGUGUGUGUGUAAGUGUGUGAGAGAGAGAGAGACAGGGAGAUGCAUAAUUAGUUUUGUUGUUGUCUGUAGACAUCAAUAAUGACUGGCCAGACCUGUGGAGUGCUAAACAAACAGAAGACUUCAAAUCCAAGAACCCCUGGUUGGGAUCCAAAAACAAAAAAUUGGGAUGUCUGGUCUGUAGCAGUGUGAACUCCAUUGGGAUCGACAAGGAGCAAGGACAAGGUGUAUCGCUCUCAAGAGAAUGGAUGAACUUUGAAAUUCAAGUGUCUGGCCAGGGAAGUAGAACAACAAGUUUGUCAAUCUUGAGAAAUAAGGUGAGGAAACAUGCGUUGUCCAAGGCCCACACUCAGGCUGUGAAGGUGGCAGAGCAACAGAAAGAAGCUGCCAUUGAGAAUGCAGUGGAGACUAUGACUGAGUCCUACAUGAAGGAAACUGAAGCUGUGUUUCGAACAGCCUACCAUCUGGCCAAAAAGAACCGACCCUUUUCUGACCAUGAGAGCCUCAUUGAGCUGCAGGAACUGAAUGGUGUAAAAAUGGGCUCAAUACUUCAUUCACGUUACAGUGCAACACAAAUAAUACAACAUGUUGCUAGUGAGAUGCAGAGCAAAAUCAUCAGUAGCAUUAUAGCAUCAUCCAGUAAGUUAGCUGUCCUAAUUGACGAGGCAUCUUCUUUAAGUCACAAAGCUGUCAUGACAGUUUCUAUUAAAGCAUCAAUUCAAGAAGAAAGCCCUGAGUUCAUAUUCCUGGAACUUGUUGAACUGGAAAAUCAGAGAGCAGAUGGCAUAUUACAGGCGUUACUCACCUGUUUAACUAAUGCUGGCUUUACAGAAGAGUGGCUUCAUGAAAACUGGGUAACAUUUGUAUCUGAUGGAGCCAGUGUCAUGCUAGGAAAGAAGUCAGGAGUAGCAACCAGACUGACUUUGAGAUUCCCAAAGCUUUUUGUAUGGCACUGCAUGAACCAUAGACUUGAACUUGCUGUGUCAGAUGCAGUUGAUGAGGUAAACUCUGUCAAUCACUUUAAAACUUUUAUCCAGAAGCUAUACUCUCUGUAUAGUGUGUCAAACAAAAAUGAACGUGAACUUGUUAAUGCAGCAGCUGAAGUAGGCUCACAACUUCUUCGCAUUGGCAGAAUCUUGGAUGUACGCUGGGUGGCCAGUAGCUUUCGGACUGUUCGUGCUGUUUGGACAUCCCUGGGAGCUCUUGUGCAGCACUUUAAAAAUGCUUGCAGUGAUGAGAUGAGGUCCACCAAAGAGAGGCAGAUGUACAGAGGUUUGUUAGACCGUGUUCAAAGUCCAGAAUUCAUUUGUGACCUUGGCCUCAUGUACGACACUCUCCAUGAACUAAGUCUCCUGUCACAGGAGCUUCAGUCUCGUUCUAUAACGCUCCUCAGAGCAGAGCAUCUGCUGAAACGCUCAAUCAGAGUGAUCCAGUCAUUCAAAGAGAGUCCAGGUGAGAAAUAUAGUGAGGCUUUAGAAGCAAAACAGACUGGGGAGUAUCGGUCUAUAGCCCUGAAAACAAAUGCAAAGCUGAAGUCUAUCAAUCCAGGCCAGUUCUUACAAAGCCUUGUGAACAAUCUGGAGAAACGCUUGUCUUUUGAAGAUGAGACCAUCAUGGACCUCAGCAUCCUUGAUCAGAGUAAGUGGCCAUCAAAGCCCAGCAUCCGCCAUGGUGAAGAACAAGUUAAGCGACUGUGCAAGCGAUUUAACUUGUGCACAGACCAAGCACUGAAUGGGAUGCGGGACCUACUGGAAGAGCCCAGUAGUGAGCCCAAGGACCUAAAACCACUUAUGAACUGUAUGAAAACAUUCCCUGUCGGUACAGCAGAGUGUGAGAGGAAUUUUAGCCUUAUGAACAAUAUAAGCUCAGACAAGAGGGCUGUCCUUCUGAUCUCAAACAUAUCAAACUUGAUGAUGAUUAAUAUCAACGGCCCACCAACUUCCAAGUUUGAUCCUAGAAAAUAUACAAGGACCUGGUUGAAGAGCCAUCGUGCUGCCUCUUCGGUGCGUUCUAGACAGUGCAGUGUGAAAGCUCCUGCAGAAAGCAAAUUUGUCUGGAAUAUACUGUAGUAUGAGCAAAGGUCAGAAACCCAGUGCUGGGUUGAGAGAGUAUAUCACUGUUGAUGUGUUGUUAAUGCAUAUAUUUUUGUUAAUUGUUAACUAAAUAUUGUUGUAACAUAUUUUGUUGAAUGAUUUACCGGUAAAUGAACAUGUUCAAAACAAAGCAUAUAGCAAUAUGAACAAGGAUGCAUUGUCACCUUCAGAUUUGAAGUAUUUUAUUUAAAUAAAUGUGCAAAAAAUAAUCGAAACACCAUUUCCUGUUUGCCUCAUGAUAAAUACAUUUUACAUUCAUCCAGGCUGCUCUUGUGACCAGUAGUAACUACAAACUGCUCCUAAUCAAGUCAUGAUCAUUUUAUAAUAGUGUGCAAGUAGAAAUUACAUAUUUUUGGGUAAACUAAAUCAUAGUCUUACAUGUCACUGUUUCUAAAACAGGGCUUUUUUCUGGACUACUUAAAAAAAAAAAAGGU